AUGUCCGUGCAGGGCCCCCAGAGGAGGCUGCUGGGCUCCGUCAACUCCACCUCCCCAGCCGCCCUGCGCCUCGGGCUGGCCGCCAACCAGACGGGGCCCCGGUGCCUGGAGGUGUCCGUUCCCGACGGACUCUUUCUCAGCCUGGGGCUGGUGAGCGUGGUGGAGAACGUGCUGGUGGUGGCCGCCGUUGCCAAGAACCGCAACCUGCACUCGCCCAUGUAUUACUUCAUCUGUUGCCUGGCCGUGUCCGACCUGCUGGUGAGCGUGAGCAGUGUGCUGGAGGCAGGCACCCUGGCCGGCCGGGCCGCCGUGGUGCAGCAGCUGGACGACAUCAUUGACGUGCUGGUCUGUGGCGCCAUGGUGUCGAGCCUCUGCUUCCUGGGCGCCAUCGCCGUGGACCGCUACAUUUCCAUCUUCUACGCGCUGCGGUACCACAGCAUCGUCACGCUGCCCCGGGCGUGGCGGGCUAUCUCAGCUAUCUGGGUGGCUAGCGUCCUCUCCAGCACGCUCUUCAUCGCCUACUACGAUCACACGGCCGUCCUGCUCUGUCUCGUCAGCUUCUUUGUAGCCAUGCUGGUGCUCAUGGCCGUGCUGUACGUCCACAUGCUCGCCCGGGCGUGCCAGCACGCCCGGGGCAUCGCCCGGCUCCAUAAGCGGCAGCGCCCCGUCCACCAGGGCUUGGGCCUCAAGGGCGCGGCCACGCUCACCAUCCUGCUGGGCAUUUUCUUUCUCUGCUGGGGCCCCUUCUUCCUGCACCUCUCGCUCAUGGUCCUCUGCCCUCGACACCCCAUCUGUGGCUGCGUCUUCAAGAACUUCAACCUCUUCCUCACCCUCAUCAUCUGCAACUCCAUCGUCGACCCCCUCAUCUACGCCUUCCGCAGCCAGGAGCUCCGGAAGACGCUCCAAGAGGUGCUGCUGUGCUCAUGGUGGGUCAGGCACUUGCCAAAGGGGACGGAUGAGCCGAUCUCUGGCGGUGCGGAGGCAUGGACCCUCUGGGGCCCGAGAAGGGAGGGAGAGAGCACAGACCUCCAGGAGUUGCUGUGGAGACUGGAGGCCGGGGAGAUGGCGGGGCCGCAGGCACUAGAGGUGGGUCCCGGGCCCCCGGACGGGGACCCUGCCCACCCCUGGAGCGCUCCACCUCCGGCCGAGCACCAGGCGAGGACACCCACCUUUGCCUCCAAGUCUAUGGAUCUGUGCCCCUUGGCCUGUCGGGAUGCGAAGUCUCCGUGUGGGCCGAAUGACAAGCACUGCUCCCCGGGAGGGCCUCUGGAAAAGGGACUUUGUGACCAGCAGGACCUGGCUUCGCAGGCCUGCUUCAGGAAGAAACCCCGGCGGCGGCGGGAGGAGGCGCCGCAGCGCGCGGCCGAGUGGGGAUGCGCGGUGCUGAUGGUGCAGGCCGGUGCCGCAUUCUGCGGCGGCGCCCUCCGAUUGGCCGCGCCCGAGCGGGCGGCGGGGACGCCCGAGCCUCCGCAGCCAGCCCCGGCCUGUACGCGCGUGUCCCGCAGCCGCCCGCCGCCCGCACCGAGCAUGAGGGAGAUCGUGCACAUCCAGGCCGGCCAGUGCGGCAACCAGAUCGGGGCCAAGUUCUGGGAGGUGAUCAGCGACGAGCACGGUAUAGACCCCAGUGGCAACUAUGUGGGGGACUCGGACCUUCAGCUGGAGCGCAUCAGCGUCUACUACAACGAGGCCUCUUCUCAUAAGUAUGUGCCUCGGGCCAUUCUCGUGGACCUUGAGCCUGGGACCAUGGACAGUGUCCGGUCUGGGGCCUUUGGGCACCUCUUCAGGCCUGACAACUUCAUCUUCGGUCAGAGCGGGGCUGGCAACAACUGGGCCAAGGGUCACUACACGGAGGGCGCCGAGCUGGUGGACUCAGUCCUGGACGUGGUACGGAAGGAAUGUGAGAAUUGCGACUGCCUGCAGGGCUUCCAGCUGACCCACUCGCUGGGCGGGGGCACGGGCUCGGGCAUGGGCACCCUCCUCAUCAGCAAGGUGCGCGAGGAGUACCCGGACCGCAUCAUGAACACCUUCAGCGUGGUGCCCUCGCCCAAGGUGUCGGACACGGUGGUGGAGCCCUACAACGCCACGCUGUCCAUCCACCAGCUGGUGGAGAACACGGACGAGACCUACUGCAUCGACAACGAGGCCCUGUACGACAUCUGCUUCCGCACCCUCAAACUGGCCACGCCCACCUACGGCGACCUCAACCACCUGGUGUCGGCCACCAUGAGCGGCGUCACCACGUCCCUGCGCUUCCCAGGCCAGCUCAACGCCGACCUGCGCAAGCUGGCCGUGAACAUGGUGCCCUUCCCGCGCCUGCACUUCUUCAUGCCCGGCUUCGCCCCGCUCACCGCCAGGGGCAGCCAGCAGUACCGCGCGCUCACGGUGCCCGAGCUGACGCAGCAGAUGUUCGACGCCAAGAACAUGAUGGCCGCGUGCGACCCGCGCCACGGCCGCUACCUGACGGUGGCCACCGUGUUCCGCGGCCGCAUGUCCAUGAAGGAGGUGGACGAGCAGAUGCUGGCCAUCCAGAGCAAGAACAGCAGCUACUUCGUCGAGUGGAUCCCCAACAACGUCAAGGUGGCCGUGUGCGACAUCCCGCCGCGCGGCCUCAAGAUGUCCUCCACCUUCAUCGGCAACAGCACGGCCAUCCAGGAGCUGUUCAAGCGCAUCUCCGAGCAGUUCACGGCCAUGUUCCGGCGCAAGGCCUUCCUGCACUGGUACACGGGCGAGGGCAUGGACGAGAUGGAGUUCACCGAGGCCGAGAGCAACAUGAACGACCUGGUGUCCGAGUACCAGCAGUACCAGGACGCCACGGCCGAGGAGGAGGGCGAGAUGUACGAAGACGAUGAGGAGGAGUCCGAGGCUCAGGGCCCCAAGUGAGGCGGCUGGAGGGGCGAGCCGGGCCGCGGCCAGGGCCACGAGGCCCGUCCCCUGGCGCCACGGCGCCACUGACUCCACCCCCAGGCUUGCCCCCACCAGCUCUGCUCACAGCACCCUAGGGCUCCCGAGAGCUUGUCCUCCGGUAUUUACGGCAUCCCCACCCCACGUGAGUCCUGUCUUCCCACCAUAGGUCCCCUCCACUUUUUGUGUCUGCUUUAUUGUCAGCUGCAGGCCUGAUGUUUUAUGGCUUAUUUUGUUUCUUUUGUUUUUGUUUUUUUGGUUUUUUUACUGGUUUGUGUUUAUAUUUUUGGGGGAGGGGAUACUUAAUAAAUUUAUUGCUGUCAGAUA